AUAUUUCUAUAAUUUGACAUCCUAGCGUGACAUAACCUUUGCGGCGUUGUAAACGAUAUAAUUUGUCCUUUGUAAAAUAAAGUAUUCCUGGCAAGUUCUAAGCGCAACUUCGUUGGGAUCCUUCGAGCGAUGUGCGAGUUAUUUGCGUCGACAUGACUACCGCAAAAUCACUUGACGCACCGAUAUCGUUUGCGUUGAAACAAGAGCGCGAAGACGUUGGCGUGCAAGAACGAGACGUAAAGAUCAAUGAAAAUAGCGUGGCUGGCGUCAUCGACGAUGAUCCUCUUGACGCUUUGCCCAUGGAAUUUCCUCCGAUCUCGGACAGUAACUUCGUAACGCAAGAAAAUCCUGAUUAUGAAUUUCUGCGGCUUACCACUAUGGUACGUCGAGUUUACUUUUCUUACCUUCAUAAAUCAUUAAUUAGUAAUUAUUUCAUCUGCAAUCGAUCAAAAAACGAGGAGCUGUCAAAGUCAAAGAUAAAGACAUGCGCCGGACAAAUGGAAUUGAUCGCCGUGCAAGCUUCUUUGGAAGCCACUCUGUACAGGCAAUAUAUGUUGAAAAUGAUAGCGGACAUUAAAUCGCACACCUCGCGACAGAAAAUACAUAAAAACUUAGCAAUGUUCCUCGAGAAACCUUCCGUUAAAGUUGACGCCGCGGUGCAGACGAAUGUCACGAUGUGCGACAGCAACCAAACUCCUGACAGCACGCUCGAUAGAACGCGGGAUGAUCGAAUACAAGAUAUUUUAACUGAACCGUAUAAUCCGAAAAUUUCCGGCAAAGCUCAAAUCGAAACUAAAUGCGAGACUCUCGAUGAAAGAUUGGCAUUGCUUACGCAGUCUGUAAAGGAUUCCAAAACAAAAACAUCCACAACUAGAAUAGUAUCCAUUAAACCUCGAAAAAUUAAGUACGAUAAUACAAGGAAAAGGGCGAAGAUAAUGCAAAAGAAUAUUCCUAUUGACAUUAAAGUGCAGGAUGUCGCCAAUACUAGCAAAAAUUCCGAAGUUGCUUUUGAAAAUAUUGAUUGUAAUACUAGCUCUGUUCAGAAUGAAAAUGAAGAUUCUCAGGAUUCACUUUUACAACACAUGGAAGAUAUGUUUUGUGAAAGUGACGAUAGCAGUGAUCUCAUGACAUUAAUUGAAAAGCAUUCCGGUGUUACAAAAGCAAACAUUGAUAUGGAAAUUGUCAAAAUGUGCCCAGAAGCUGCUUCGACAUCGACCACAAACAAUAAUAUUAGCUGCAAGGAUAAUACAGGAGAGCCUUCUAACUUGCAUGCCAAUAAAAGGAAGCUCAGUUAUACCAAUUAUAAAAAAAUGAAGAAGCAGGCAGUUGGAGAGCUUGUGUCUUCAUCGGAGGAAGGGACGGGUAAUGAGAAGAAGAAACGAAAAGCAAGUGGAAUUUGGUUUGUAGAGCGGGUCCAUCAAGUUUCAAAAUUAAAAGCUAAAAUGAUGGAAAUUUCUUUAACAAAUUACCGGAAGCAUGGUCGAAUAAAGGCAAGGUUUGCCGAACUGUUCGGAGAAUCCGACGAAGAAGAUAUGAUGCCCGAUUCUCCGAUAUGCAUAGAGGAGCACUUGACUUCUUGUAAAGAAAGAAUAGCGCCAUGGGUGGUAAAGUAUCUCAUGCCAUUUUACCAUAAAAAGAGAAUUGCCGAUCGACCACUGUUCAAGGUGGUAGCAAAGCAUAUUACUGACAUGCUUAUUUUUGAAAACACGUUUCCUGAGCAGGAAGAUGUAAACUCAUAUAUACAGGACUAUUUUAAGAACAAAAAAAUGAUAAAAACAAAAACGGACAUAUACGUCUAGUACUUUCGAUGGAAGAAAAAUUGCAUUUCAAACGAAUAUACUCGGUAGUACACACAUCAUAAAUUAAACGCACACUUCACUCGACCCUUGUUAUCAGUAGUAUGUAACAUUGUUUUAAGGCGAUAGUGAUAAAUCAACCCAAUCGCGUACAAGA